UCAUUUCCCAGAAUUUUUAUCACCACGCAAGGCACCACCGACGUGAACGAGAUACGGAAUAAAACCUGUGGGCGAUCGGUUUAUUCGCAGAACGCGUAGAGAGACCGCGUGGAAGGCACCUCGUCGUCUUCACCAGGGUGUCGUGCGUUAACGUGAAAACACGACCAACAUCGUCGUCCUGUCGAUUUGCACACGUUAAUAAUUUUUUUUUUUAUUCCCACCGAUUUGAGAGAUUAAUUAACCGAUCGGUGUCAGCGUAACUCACGACUGGGGGGCGAUUUACCCUUUUUUUUUUCUUUUAUUUCCCAACGAGGGAUGAUGGUGCGAGUAUUAUCCACUAGUUUGGCUGUUGGCCUCGCCCUCACGGCCUGUGCUGUCUUUCCUCGGACGACAAUGGCAAUCGAUCUCAGCCGAUUUUACCACUCACACUCCAAGCGAUCGGGGGAUGCAUGUCACCCUUACGAGCCGUUCAAAUGCCCCGGUGAUGGUACAUGUAUUUCCAUUCAAUAUCUAUGCGAUGGAGCCCCGGAUUGCACAGACGGAUACGACGAAGACUCUCGACUCUGCACAGCUGCAAAGAGACCGCCGGUGGAGGAGACCGCGAGUUUCCUGCAGUCUCUCCUGGCCAGUCACGGACCGAACUACUUGGAAAAAUUAUUCGGGAGCAAAGCAAGGGAUGCCCUGGCACCCUUGGGGGGUGUAAACAUGGUGGCUAUUGCUCUCUCCGAAUCACAAACAAUCGAAGAUUUCGGUGCUGCCCUUCAUCUCAUGCGCUCGGACCUCGAGCACCUCCGCUCGGUUUUCAUGGCAGUGGAGAACGGCGACCUCGGUAUGCUUAAAUCCCUUGGAAUCAAGGACUCAGAACUCGGUGAUGUCAAGUUCUUCCUCGAGAAGCUCGUCAACACCGGUUUCCUAGAUUAAAUAUUUUCCCGAAAUGGCAUUCCACUGAAGGCAGUUGUGAAAUACGUCAUCACUCCUGCCUCCUACACUUUUUUUUUUGCGGUGAUGGGCCCCGAGGGCACAUCAAAUCUCAUCUUUACGAGUUUACCGAGAGACAUUCGGGAUUUAAUAUAAUCCAUCGCGUCACAAAAUUGCUGGAAGUGCAGUGACGCGGAAAAUGGUUUAUGGUGCCCUCUGAUAUUAAUUUUGUAUACGAGACAUUCCACGCUAUUUCAAAUUUAUCAACAAUUUUUGAAAUAUUUUAUACGGCUGUUGCCGAUUCGCCUCGUGACAUAUUUUUUUACAAUACGGUGGGACGUUUAUUAAUUAAUAUUUUUUAACGACAGCAGAGGAUGUCGCGACGCUUCAAUUAUUUUAUUUCUGUAAGUUUGGAGUAAAUAUUGGAAGAUAUAAAUUAAUUACUAUUUUAAUUGGCCAUAUUCAUCAAUAUUCUUUCCUGGAGAAUUUAAUAUUUUCGAUGGAAAAACGGAUAUCGCUCUGAAGUUUUUCAAUACGAAUAUUCUAUUCUACAAUUCAAAGAAUAUAUUAAACAACAAAUACAACUUCAAAUUCUUCUCUUUCUCGUAAUUUUCCAAUUGUUUUCCCCUCCAAAAAAAAUUAAUUUGCUCUGAAUUUACAGAAAAUUUACAAUUUUACCUGUUUCCCUCUUUGAUAAUAUUAUAACAUAAAAUAUUAUGUUAUGAUUCACAAUAAAAAUCGAAUAUUUAUCAAGUAGAAAUAGCGCCGAAUGUCCCGACCUCUCGUAUCGAUUUGGUUCCUCUUUAAUUACUUUAAAUCGAUAGUUGAAAAAUUUUUGAUGUGACCAGUGUCUUUUUCAAUUGUUCCUCAUUCCCUCGUCUCAUUAUCGCGCUUUGUGAGAUGAGGGAACCGAGUGAACGAUGUCUCCGUAUUUUUAAACUAAGGAACAACUUUACAAUCAUCUUCUUACCCUUUUCGAGCUUAUGGCUUUGCGUAUUUCUGCACGAGUUGCUGAAGGGAGAAGACAACAAAUGGGAUAAUGGAAGGAUUCUCCUCAGGAAUUAGCCUGAGGUGGAGCGUUAUGGAGGCACUCGAGGGUUCACUUGAUUUGUAGAAUCCGAUAACGAUGAUAAUCAUGUUACGGAGAGUGUAAUAUGUUUAUGGCCUAGAGUCUAUGGUCCAGGGGGCUAUUUCGUAUAUCGAUGGUACGAAAGUUUUAUGGAAACAUUGGGAGGUAGAAGUGGAUUUUUCCUAUCGUGAGGGCGUUUUUCAAUUUUUUUUAUUUUUUAUAAACUUUAUUUCACGGGGGAGCGGUUAAAACUGAUGGAACACCUCGGGGAAUUGCAAAAUUCUUGGAUAAAAAUGUUCAUUAGAAAGCUAAAGUAGUUUGUUGUUUUUUAUUGUUCAGUAAAUUUGAUUUUUUUGAUUUUCUGGAGAGAAAGUGAAAUGGAAUUGAUUUUGUCAGUGGAGACGGGCUUUUUGUUAAUAAUUAUUUUGUUCUGCUGGUGGAGAAUAUAACGGUGGAAAUGUUAACGAUGUUAACAUUAAAUAAAUCAGGAGAUUGUCCGAGGAUUUUAUCUAGACGAUUUUUGUGACUUCAUCCGCAAUUUGGGAAUUUUGAAAAAAUGUUGAGGCGGGGUAAAUGUCCCAGUUACUGAACGCACAAAUAGAGCGUCUGAAUGGCUUGAAAAUUUUGCGAAAAUUCCAAAAUCCAGUGGAAAUUUAUGACUAAUGAGGGAAUAAAUUUUUUGGGUGUUUGAAAUAUUCCAGAAUUCCCUUAAAAAAUCCUAAAAUCAAAUGAGGUCGUCUCAAAGUCCCUAAUGACCCCCGAAAUUUAAGCGACUGAACUGCUAGAGUAUUCGGUAAUUUUAGCUACCGUAAAAAAUCCCAAAACGUGAGGGGUUAAUUCCUAAAUGAAAAUUAAUGUUUUUUUUGUGAUCACUCAGCUCCUCGGGCGGGUCAUCACUCGAAUUUCGAGGGAUUUUUUCCCCAGAAAAAUAAAAUACGUAACGUGUUUGUCGUCCGGGCCAAAUAUUCCCGGAAUUUAGUUUUUAGUUGGUUUAUGACGCCAUCAGGGAUGUGCGUGGACAGGGAAAAUUAGGGUGGAGUCACCCCUUGUGUAUGCGACGAAUUCAUUAUAGCUGUGGGCCAUUCGCAGAGACUUAUGUUUCUUCCGGUAACACCGGUUUUUUUUUUUGUAAAGACAAUUUUCACUGAAAUUCCGAGACCGCGGGAGUCAAAUAACUGAAUUUUGACUAUUAAUUUCCCCUAAAAGGAAAUUCAAUCCAAUAAAUAAUUUUUUUUAUCCUCAAAAAUCCAGAAAUUGGGACCUUUAUGUACCUUCAAUUGCCCUCGAAUUCCCUUUAUAUAACAAAAAAUUGGCUCAAACAAAUAAAUUCCAAAAAUUUAAUAUAAAAAAAUAGGGAAACAACGAAAUUCCAAUUUUUUCGGUAUUUUUUAAAGGAAAAUUCAUGGGGUAAAUUAAUGGCCAUGAAAAAUAAUUUGGGGGCUCUUGAAAUUUCAGUGAAAUUUCUUUAAUUACAAUUAAAAAUUUAUCGUGUACAUAUUGAUUACAUGCUUCCCACCAUUGUACCUGUAAGUGUGCUUUUCGCACUAAACGUUCCCCGCGACUUCGCAAUCCAAAUGGAAUUUAUGACAAAUCGUAUUUGUGACAAUUCUAGUCCAGAAUUACUAGUGAUUAUGAAAUUGGCAAUUAUUGAGAGAGACGCACGAUAAUUUUUAUUCGGUGAUUCUUUUUACACGCGAGUGUCUACGGAUGAGUCCUUUUGGACGCGUUUACAGUGGUGGAGUGUUUCUACACCCCUGCGAUGUCACGGAGACGUGGGGUUGAAUUGAAAGUAUUCUUUAAUGUAUUAUAUUUAGAGGGAGUUGCCACGCAGAGGAGGGUGGCUUCGAUUUUACCUGUUUAGACUGUUGAGAAUUUUCGGUCGUUAUUUUUAAUGGAAUUCCAGGUGAAAUCGGGUCAAAAUUACGGAGGUUAUAAUUUUUUUUGGUGCAUGGAAAAACUGGGAAAGAUUUUUCCUUGUUUAAGGAACUCGGAGGUUUUUCGCGGAAAAUUAUUGUCCAAUCUUUUCUGGGGGCGAUGAAUAUUCAUGGAAAAUCGUCCUAAAAUGAGGACUUUCCCAUUAAUUUCACGAUUCUGUCGGUUAACUUUAUCGCAGAGUUGAAUAUUCAUAACUUCUGUGAGUGAAAUUUCUCCGUCGGAUAAAUUAUUCAGAGUUAUCAUUUCCUCAGUUGAAUUGAAGAGAUUUUCUUGAAAAUCCCUGAAGUUUUACUGUCAAAAACUCCGCGAAUUGUCCAUAAUUUUCGUGAAAACUUUUAAUCGCCAGAUUUCACCUCUUAAAUUUAAUUUUCAUUGACUAUUACCAACAAUCAAAAGAUUAUCUACAAACUCUCAUCAAUUAAUUUCCGCAAUCAAAUUAAUCAUUUCUCCAUCCAUUCCUGAUUAAAUAUUUAAGAACUUCCACGUGAUUAACUGGAAAAAAAUUAUUUCUACGUAAUUUUCAUUUCUAAAAAUAUUCCCACGUCUCCAAAAACUUCUCAACAGUCUAAAAAAGCCCAAAAAAAGCAGGAGCCGCAGUUAAAAGCCCUGAAAACAUAUCGAAAGUAAAACAAUGUGGUAUUUAACUAUUACGAAGUCGAUCGUGAGUUGAUAUUGGAUUAUCCAAACUAUACAAAAUAUCAAACAUAUCAGUAAAUUAGCUAUAUUGAUAAGAAAAACUAUAUUUGAUGAGCAAGGAUAGCCCCCCUACACCCUGAUUCCCCACCUCUCUUUGCCUCUCCCCUCCCCCUCCUGAGGGGGUGAAUAAAAAAUCCCAAAGUAGAUGAUUAGAACGAUCGCAGUCCCCGGAUGCUGAGCAUUCUCGGGCCCCUGACACCUCCACCCCGCAGAGAAGGUGUGGGACUUUAAUCGAAACUUGAUACCAUAUCCUUGCUGACGUUACAUAUCAUGUAAAUGACUAAUAUUGAUUGAGAGUACUUUUAUGAGGAUAGAAAAUGAUAAAAAAUACUAUUUUGGUAUAAACGAGACGAAGCCCUUACCAGGCACGAAUUACUGGGAUUCAAAAUAGGGCCUGAAUCGCUCUAAUUGGGCCUGAUAGACAUCUCUCCCGCAUCACGAGUGUCAAGGGGUCCAGUCACCCUAGAUCACUCACUCCAUUAGCUCUUGACAUGUCCCUUUGGCACUCGGAUGUCCGCGUAAUACACAUCAGCUGCUGAGGGUGUAAAACUGCUGAUUGAAUUUUAAAUCGAUUACCAAUCGAUAAUCGACGAUUGUCAGCUUGUGAAAAGUCAUGAUACACCGAAUUUUAAUGAUUGACGAUGAAAACAGCGAUGAAAAACUGAAAUGUCCUACCAUUCGAUAAAUAUCACCAUUCAAUCCAGUGUCUAAACAUAUCAUAUGUGAUAGAGAAGGUAAUUCGUUUUGAUGAUGUUUGUUCAUGAAUUGCGUUGUCACUGAUGAUUUUCAUAAGUUUGUAUGAAUAUUGAGAUGUUUAUCAUGUAUUUUGAAAAUUGCAGAAUCUAGGGUUUACAGCCAUUUAUUGAUAAGUCUCUUCCCCGAUGGGAUUGGGAAUAUGAUGGUAGAUAUCUGUUAUUGGAUAAUUAAUUAUCAAUUUCGCCCCCAUCUAUGUCUGUAUUUUCUUGAUUAUUUCUAAAUAAAAAAUUAAGUCUGA